UUGCAUUUCGAAAAUACCAGGUGGGAAGAUAUAUUAGCAGUAAUGAGAGCUUUUGGUGCAUUUUUGGAUUCCCAAUCCACGAAAGAUACGCAGCUAUUCAACAAUUCCCUGUGCAUUUAGAAAAUGGUCAGAGGAUAUACUUUACUGUUGAGACGGCUGCAAACCAAGUUUUGAAUCCAAAAGAAACAACAUUAACAGUAUUUUUCAAAUUUUGUCUGCAAGAUAUUUUUGCCAAAACGCUUCUUUACAAUGAAGUUCCUUCCUAACAUACGUGGAGUAAUAAUUGCUGAAAAAGGGUAAAAGAAAUUCAGAUGUCGAAGGUGAUCCUGGGAUGAAGUUUUACACAAUAAUUGGUAGAGUAUAUACAAUACAUCCUAACCAAUAUGAAUGGUUUUUGCUCAGAAUGCUUCUUCGUGAGGAAAGAGGACCUACUUCAUUUAGAAGUUUGAAAGAAAUAGAAAGUGAGGUUUGCCAAACAUUUCAAGAAACUUGUUUUAAGUUUACUGGAAAAUGUGCAGCAGAAGCCGCUCCCUCUCAAGAACACCAAAGAGUUUAAAAUGUCUUUUUGUGAUUAUUCUCAAAGUUUGUCAAGUAAGCAAUCCUCCAGAACUUUGGAAUAAGUUCAGAAAUGAUUCUUGCUGAGGAUUUUAAACACCAAGCGCAACUAAGGAAUCCUGACUGUGAAAUUAAUUUCACCAAUGCUAAAUACAAUGAAGCUUUAAUUGAAAAAGACGAUCAAAUUGUUUCAAUGAGAAAUGAGCCUAUUGAAAAUUUAGGUCUUCCACAUACAAAAAGGGGUCACUCAGUAGAUUGUCCAAUGAAGUGAUGAGGGAAACUUUGUAUGAUUUGAUGGAAUUGGCAACAUAAAUGAAAAUCUUCCCAAGUUUUUACCAGAUCAGCAUCAUGCCUACUCUACUCUCAUAAACAGCAUUAACAAUUCUAGAGGAGGGCUUUAUUUUCUAGAUGCUCCAGGUGGUUCAUUCACAGCUACAUUUCUUCUGGCUGAAGUCCGUCAACAGAAUAGAAAAGCUUUAGUGACUGCUUCUUCUGAGAUUGCUGCAACAUUACUACAAGGAGGUCAAACUGCCCAUUCAACGUUCCAGUUGCCUUCAAAUUUAAGCAGCAACGAAGAUCCAGUUUGUAAUAUAUCUAAAAAUUAUGGAAUGGACGAACUGAUAAAGAAAUGUGAUUUAAUUGUUUGGGAUGAAUGUACCUUGGCCCACACGAGAGCCCUCCAAGCUGUUGAUAGAACCUUACGAGACAUUAGAAACAAUAAUUCACAGAUGGGAAAAGCCACAGUACUAUUGACAGGAGAUUUCUGCCAGACCCUCCCAGUUGUUCCUGAAGCAACAAAAAUGGAUGAGGUAAAUGCACCCAUAAAGUCCUCAGCAUUGUGGCACCACAUGCAAACAUUCCAUCUUUCAACUAAUAUGAGGGCACAGCUUUCGGGAGACCGAUCAGUUGAAGAAUUUGCAGAGAUACUUUUAAGACUCGGUGAAGGGAGAACAGUCACUGAUGAAGAUGAGUAUCUUGAACUUGAUACGAUCUGUAAUUUGAUUGAUUCGGUAGAGGAUUUAGUAUCUAAGGUCUUCCCAGAUCUUCUGUCUUACUACCAGAAUGCAGAUUGGAUAUGUGAACCAGCUAUAAUGGUCCCCCAAAAUGCUACAAUAAAAAGCAUUAACCCCAAACUCUUGAAUGCCUUUCCAGGAGAAAUGGUAACUUAUAACUCGAUUGUUACAGUUAUUGAUGAAGAGGAGAUUGUUAAUUAUCCAGUCCGAGUUUUUGAACUCACUGGAGCCACCAGGAACACCUCAUUGUCUUCAGCUGAGAAAAGGAGCUCCUAUCAUGUUUCUAUGUAAUUUGUCUCAACCAAAAUUAUGCAAUGAUACAAGACUUGUUGUUCACAAACGUAUGAGAAACUGCAUUGAGGCUACUAUUCUCACUGGAUGUGGUAAAGGUGAAACUACCGUCAUUCCUCGAAUACCUGUUAUGCCACCUAAUAUGCCCUUCCAGUUUAAGAGUUUACAGUUUCCUGUCCAACUUUGCUUUGCUAUGACCAUUAAUAAGUCAAGGCUUUCUCUAUGCCAACAAAAGCCAAGUAUAGAGGUUUAUCUCUGGCUAGGUAUUUCUCUUGCAGCUGUCU